GACUCAAAAUAAAUUAAUUAGGCGUUGUCCACCCGUAGACUGAUUAUGUAUAAAUUAGAUAUUAACAAAGAUUGCGCGAUCAGAUUUGGUUUAGGAUCCAAUGCUGUGGUAUGAUAUAUUAUGUCAAUUUGAAAUAAUGGAAAUGGUAAUGUCAUGAUAACCGUUUAUUCAACGAAUUCAACGACUUAGUGUACCUUUAAUUACUUUAACACAGAUAUAUUUAAUAAUAUCUAUCGUACCUGUUAACACUCUAGACACUUUUAAGUCCAACAAGCUGUAACCCAAUUAAAACAAUAAAGAAAUUAAGUACCACAGAACUAUGGGCCCCGUCAUGCACACUGGACACAGUACGAACAACACCAAUUGAAUAAUUCAACAUGAGCUAUUGGAAAGCCUUAAUAAAUCGAUGUAAAUAGUUAAAAGAAUGUUCUAAAAAGCAACAUAAGUACCAUGAGUAUAGUUUAAAAAUAUUAUUUUGUACCGUCAGCAACUAAAAUGGCAAAAAGAUUUACCAAACCAAGUAUAAAUUGGGUGGAAUUUGAAAAACGGGUGCCUCCUGGCCAGAAGGGAAAAUUUUUAGCAUUCAAAACAAAAUCCGAUAGUUAUUUACGGCGGGUCGAAGCAAAUCCACCUGAGCCUCCCAAAAUAAAUUGGGAGGAGUACCAGAAAUUAGUACCAGUUAAAGGGCUAGUUGAUAAAUUCAAAUCGCAAUAUGAGUCUUUUAAGGUGGCUGUACCCGCAGAUACAUUUUCUCAAGCUAUAGAUGACCAAUGGAAGUCACUGGAACCUCAAAUUAAAGCUUUUUGUGCUGAACAACAGAAACAAAUCGAUGAGGCAAAUAAAGAACUAAUAAGAAUUAAGGCAUUACCAAAAUUUGAAGAGAUGACAUUGGAAAUGUACGCUGAAAUAUAUCCUGAUCAGGCUUUGGAUCCUGUUAAUCGACCAACUUUUUGGCCUCAUGAUCCAGAAGAUCAAGUUGGUUAUAAACCAUCCCCAAAGAAAGAGCAACAAGUAGCAAAAGCAAAAAAAUAGAAUGUUUAAUCGUAGUUUUACAGAUAGAAUAUGGUAAAAAAAUCUUUAUUACUUAUAAAU